CUUCAUUCCUUCAAUGUUUCUCUCUCUCUCUCUCUAAGAUUUUAUGAAAUUUCUUUUCAAAAUUUUCUCUCUUCUCUGGAUUCAUUGCCACCAUCUUCAAUUCAUAAAUUCUAAUCACCCCUGAAAACCUUUUAACUACCUAAGUCUUCUCUCUUUGGAAAAUAGUUUGAGAGAGAGAAGACUUAAGUCUAAAAAGAAGCCACUGUUACCCAUUUUAAUGAAGUUUACAGAUUAGGGUUUAUGUGCAGAAUCUUAGAGGGGUAAAUUUUUAGAGAGAAAAAAUGAUUGCACAGAAGGAAAAUUCAGACCCAAAUCGUAAAGAGAGAAGGUGAAAAAAAAUUUCACAAAGAGAGAGAGGAGGGAUAAAAUUUUAGAUAAAGAAAAAGUUAUGAGAAUUUGAAAGAGAGAUGGAAAAGAGAUGAUUCAGAUUCAAAUCUUAGAAAGAGUGAAUAGAAUGUCAAUAAGAGAGAAAGAUGGGUGAAGAAUUUCAGAGAGAGAGAGAGAGCGAGAGAGAGAUGAGUAAAUCGUUGUCUUGGUAGAGAAAAAGUGAAAGGUAUAAUUGGAACAUCAAGGAUAUACUCGUCAUUUGCAGCAUUAUUAUUUUUCACGGAGUAGAUGUUGGUCUUUGUGGGACGUUGAGACACACCAAGCCUGUUUGACUUGUCUUGAAGUAGUAUGAUUUGGUCUUGUGUUGACAUCUUCAGAAGCAAGAGCCCUGGUCUCAACUUGGCAAUCGAUUUUAUGGGUUUCUUCUCCUCUUUCGAAAUUCUAGGUCGUAGCUGUAGUGUGUUACAUGGCUUUUCUUUCAUUUGAAUUGGGUUUCUUUUGUAUAAAUUUUUAAUAUUGAAACCAUAUAUAUAUAUAUAUAUAUAUAUAUGUAUGGUGAUAGAGACUUGCUUACCAGCAACCAAAGGGUCCUGAAACCUUCCCUGCUUUGCUUUCCUGCCAUUUGGAUUUCUGGUCCAAAUGUGCAGAUCUGCGAUCCUUUGCUAGAAUAUGCAGAAUGAAGUUGCUAACCAUUGUUAUACAGUGAAGGUGCAUCGUCUAAUUUGCCUAGAGCUUAAGAAAUCCAUUGAUAGAAUCUCACAGAUUUUUUCAGCCAUUGAAUCUGCUCGACCAGGAUGUGCAUCAGGGAUACCGACCCUCUGCUCAUUACACCUUGCCAUGGAGAGAGCCAUGUCACUUAUCCGGCACUGCUCCGACUGCAGUAAACUCUACUUGGCAAUUACUGGGGAUAGGAUUGUGUUGAGAUGUGAAAAAGUACGAAAGGAUUUGGAGCUGUGUCUAACUCAAAUUCACAAUAUGGUCCCAUUAUUGUUGGCUACCCAGAUAUCUAGAAUUCUUGAUGAUCUUAGAGCUGUGACUUUUACUGUGGAAUCCUCUGAAGAUGAGGCUGGGAAGGUUUUACUUGAAUUACUCCAGCAGGACAUAGUUGCAUCAAAUUCUAUUAACACGUCUGAAUUCAAGGCUCUUCAACUUGCAGCUUUAAGGCUAAAUAUUACGUCCCCUGUAGCUCUCCUAAUUGAGAAAAGGUCUAUCAAGAAGCUACUUGAGAAAAUCCAAGAUACAAACCCCACGAAGAAGAAAAUCUUGAAAUACCUCUUGUAUCUUCUGAGGAAAUAUGGAAAACCCAUUACCCAAAAUGGACGACCCCUCAAUCAGUCCAUCGAGCCAGAACUACAAGUGGAUAAUGCAAGUAAGGAGGAUAAUGCAAGUAAGGAGGAUGAAGCGGACCUGUUCGAUAUAGCUGACCCUCCUGAAGAAUUCUUAUGUCCUCUCUCGAAGAGACUGAUGUAUGAUCCCGUUAUAAUAGCUAGUGGGCAAACAUUUGAAAAGGUGUGGAUAGAAAAGUGGUUUAAUGAGGGUCGCACAACAUGUCCAAAAACUCAUAUGAAGCUGCUUGACUUGUCCCUCACUCCAAAUUUUGCAAUAAAGGACCUCAUUUUAAGGUGGUGUGUGAAGCAUGAGAUCACUAUUCCUGAUCCGUGUUCACAACCCACUUCUGCACCUCUUCGCUUGCAGAAAUGUCCAUCUUCCAGUUCCAUUCUCAGCCUCGGCAGUUCUCUAAACGAGUUGCGGCUUCAAACCAGCAAUAUAUCAAUUCGCUCUUCAGAUACUACUUUUGGUUUAGGUUUAUCAGAUUACAACGAUGGUGAUAAAUUCAGCUUUGAUCUCCCUCGUAUGAAUGCAGAUUCUCAGAGAGUCCAACCUUCAGCAAACAGCCACGGCACUUACUUAGCCUCUCUCUCCAAAUUUGCUGCACUCUCACCAAAAUCCCGGCACAAAGCAGUGGAUGAUGUGAAGAACCAACUGAAAGACAACCACCCAGGAUCUCAUUUUGUGUUAUCUAACAGUUGCAUCGAAUCUCUAAUUAUAUUUUUAAAAGAUGCACAAGACUUGCAUGAUUCAGAAGCCAUGAGAGAUGGAGCACAGUUGCUUUUGACAUUUUUGAGUGAAAGAAGUGAAACGACACCUUUGCGAAAAAAUGAAAUUUACGUAUUGUCAUCGUUUCUCGAUUCUGAUAUCAGUAAAGAAGCUCUGGCUAUCAUAGAAGUUUUGUCUGGUCAACAGCAUUACAAGUCUGAAAUCGUGGCAUCUGGUGUUCUUCCUUCCAUCUUAGGAAUCCUUGAGAACCCCAACAGUGAAUUCCAUCUACUUGCUAUGAAAAUACUUUGCAACUUGUCUGCAGAUAGUGAUGCUGGCCACCACAUGCUAUAUCUAGAUUACAUCCCCAAGUUGUCUCCUUUUUUGGUUGAUCGCGCUUUUGCAGGAUAUUGCAUCAAAAUUUUCAAAAACAUGUGCAGUGCCGAGGAAGUAAGGGCUACAGUUGCUGAAAGCAAAGUGUUUAUUGCUUCCAUUGCAAAACUGUUAGAAAUUGGCACCAAUGAGGAACAGGAACUUGCUUUGGAUGUUCUGCUUUCUUUAGAUUAUGAAUGCGCAGAGUAUUGCCAACUGAUCAAGAAAGAGAACAUUAUCCUAUCAUUAGUCAGUAUAUCUGUCAAUGGGAAUGCCAGGGGGAGGUUGCUUGCAAAAGAAUUGAAGCAGCUUCUGAGACAUUUCAAAGAUGGCCGUGUUCAAGAAGGUGCAAAAUCUGGUUUAAACGUUGACAUCUCACGAGAGGAUCACCCAAAAGAAUAUAAAUCUUGCAAGGCAUCAGGAAUACUGGGAAGGACAAUAUUCUCGAAACGCAGGUGAUUCACAUUGUUCCUCUAUUUGGAGAAAAACAGUCGCCAUGCCGGGAAUAUGUAUCCUUUUUGAGAAGAGGAUGAGUCUUGGCAUUGCACAUCAGUUGUUAAGUGAUUGUGUUCAAUGAUUAUAUUGAUCCCCAGUAUUUAGUUUAAUAUCAGUAUCAUAGGAAUGUACGGUCUUGCUGCAUUUGUAGUAAGUAGCAAGCUUUUGGCCCUGUAGAUAUACAUGCUUUAUGACUUUUUGGUUACUCUCUCAAAUAGUUUAAUCCUACUUUUCUCAAAAAUACUUUAUGUACAUGGAUAUCUAUAUUUGUGUAUAUAUAAAUCUCUAUUUGAUGUGGUUA